CAGUGCCACGCUGAACCUUCAUCAUUUAACCUUUCCUUCUCCCUCCUCUCCUGUGAUCUUAACCUGUCUAUCUGUCCGUCUCCCUGAACUCCCCUCUCACCAGCUGCUGAAACCCCCUCACCCCUGUCUCCCGAUUAAUGCUGCCGCCCCCUCGACAAUGUUACCAUGCAUUAACUGGCUGCAGCCUUUCCUUGCCUUGAUCUCCUCCACCUUGCUCACGCGAGGCCAUAACUGUCCAUCUAGCUGUUUGUGUCCAGACCACCACACUGUGGACUGCACCAGCAAAGGUCUAACUAGAGUCCCGGACUCCAUCCCUCUGGACGUUCGACGUCUUCUGCUCUCCAAUAACUGGAUUCCCUGGAUUCCCUCAGACUUCCUGGUCCUGUACAGCGAUCUAGUCUACCUGGACCUGAGGAAUAAUUCCCUCUCCCAGCUGGAGCCAGGGACCCUGAGUUCCUCCUCUAGAUUAGUCUUCUUGGACCUGGGGAGCAACAACCUGACAGAAAUUCCCUCUGGGACAUUUGGGGAGUCCAGGAGUCUGAUCAAGCUGCGACUGGGGAACAACCCCUACCUAAGUAUGGUAGGCAGGGAUGCUUUCACUGGGUUGACUUCUUUGAGGGAGCUGGAGCUGGAGAGAAAUGGUCUCACAGAGCUGGACGUCAGCAUCCUGGAAUCCCUGCCGUCCCUCCGGAUGUUACGUCUUGAAGGCAACCCCUGGUUCUGCAACUGCCACUUUGCCAAACUGUUUGUAUGGCUGAUGGAGAACCGCCACAAGCUCCCAAAGGGUAUGGAGGGGAUAGAGUGCUCUCUGCCUCUAGAUGGCCGUCGUGUCCCCCUCAGUUUGCUCUCUGAAGACAGCUUCCGGGAGUGCCGUGGUACCCUCACCCUCACUGACUACCUCAUCGUCAUCUUCUCUGGCAUUUCCGUCUCAGUGGCGGCCAUCAUGGCCAGCUUCUUCCUCGCUUCCACCGUCCAUUGCUUCCAGCGCCUCAGCAAAGGCAGCAAAGGAGACGAGGAGGAAGGAAACGACUGAUGGGAGAAGGGAAAGGGGAAAUGGAUAACAUAAAAUGCAAGCGGUUCAUACAAAACUCUUGCUCAGAAGUCGUUGGUAUCCCAGAGAAAGCUCGGCAGAUUCUGAGAGCAAGGGGAGAUCACUGGGGAGGGUGAAGAAGCCACUUAGAGAGCUCUUAUCAUGUCAAAUACAAGAUUACACUUGAGCUACUGACUGGUUUGGGAAAUACCGAAUAGGCUUGAAUCACUGUGACUAGGUAUUGCGUUCACUAAAUGUAGCAGUUUCUACUCCUGUGUACAGUACUGACUGUAGAGACUGAUCAGAAAUGAAAUCGCUUCGUGUUAGAAACAAAAUGUGCACAGAAAUUAAUUUGUGAAAAAUAUAUGCAGUCCUCCUCAUUGAGACUGGACAUUGGAUAUAAAGGGAAAAACCUGGGAGCUAACCAGAAAAAGCACAGCUCUUUAUUGUUAGCCCUGUCCUGUAGAGGUCUUCAUGGGUCUUGAAAUAUAUACCCAACUGAAAAAGGACUUGCGUGACUUGUGCCAGGACUGGUAUUAGUCCUUUAAGAUGGUCACUCUGUCAGACCAGGCGAUCAUAGAUUCAUGGCUUGUUGUUUUUUACACGGCAGAACCAAUAACUUAAUUUCUCUUAUACACUUCACAAUUUUCACACACAGAAAAUAAACUAAAAGUUGUCAAACUUGGCAAGAGAAGGCCAAAACAAGACUAGGCCGAGAGUAUAUAGCUGGACUGUCUAUGGUCAUUGUGCUAAAUUGUGGCCACACAGAUAGUGGUAGUGUCUGUAAUGUGAAUUCCUGGAUGUUAAAUGUUCAUCUGCAUUUUCUGUAGUGGUCCCAAUAAAAUUUGUUCUUAAAGUAUACUGAAGUAGCAUGUCACAUGACAUGGUUAAGCUACAUUUGAGUCAAAACCUUUUAGAAAUGGAGAUGGAAAGAAUAAUACCCCUCUUAUCUUAAGAUUUUUGAUUUGGAAGAGAACUUCUAAUGAAGCAGAAAGCUUCAGUCUUCAGAUAGUAGCAUCCAGUACCAGCAGAAUAUUUUGUUCUUAGUGUGCAGUAGAUUUGGAAUUAGUGGAACUGCUGCAAAAGCCCCUUGAGGAAAUAUCAAGGACUGUUUUUGGCUAUUCAUGUUGAAAGCAACAGCCAAUGGUAAACUCCAACUCUUGACCGACCAAUGGUAUAACGUCACUCAAUACGUCAGGGACAGUCAAGUCCAGCCAAAACUCUUAACCCACUAGGCUUUUUGUUGGUUGCACUGACUGUUGUCCACUUUAAUAAACUACACGUGGUAAGAGAAGCAGUUGCCUGAUAUAAUGUCUAUUCCCGACAUUACUCGCACUAAAGAUGGACUCUUGGUACAUUAUAACAAAGCAUAGACUUGUAAACGAAUGUAAUUUCACACAGUUUAUCUUUCACCUCGCGAAACUCAAUGCAUUAAAAAAAUCUGAUUGUGCUACAGUAGUAUAUCCCUAUCCUUGCAGUGAAAACACCACACAAACUGCAAGUCAAAGUUAUCAUUUUCUCCUGAAUUCUGUAAAAUACAUGCCAAGGCACAAAGAAAUAAGUCAAAUAACUCAUAGAUAAAACCACCCACAGCACUUAGCUUUGCUUGGAGAGUCAUUGUAAAAUAAUUGUAGAAAAUGGUUGAUGUUUUAAGUCAGACACUACAAAGACCUGACUUGUGUCGGGUUCUCAGGUUUUUAGAGGUUCAGGUCUGCCCAAGACCUCUACUGAGAGGUUUCCACUGGUACAGCUGACGGCUAAGUGCCUUGCUCAACAGCAUCUUGGUUGUUGAUAGAACAGUUGUCAGGACUGGAAAAUUUGCUUUCUCAAAUAUUCAUAUAAACUGAAUCUGGUAACUUUGCACAUUGGCAAACUAAACUGCAAAAAAAAAAAAAAAUAGCAAGUCCAUUGCAGUGCUGGUUGACAGGUAGAUAUGAGAUAUUCUUGGAUUUUACUUCUAAAAGUAACAAUUCCUUCUGCUAUUGUAGACUUUUGAUUAAUCCAGAAGCCUACUGUAAUCCACUGAAGCAAUCAGGCAAUAAUAUUUCAGGUACAGCUAACGGUAGCAGAGAAUUUCCCUCCUUACAGAGCCUUACCCACAGAGCCUACAUGCACCAGUUUGCAUUAAAUGCCACCUCAAGUCAAUUAUGUAUGUAGUAUGUUAUCUCUUAUUACAGAAAAAGGAUCCAGAAGCACUCCAGAACAGAGCCAGAUUACAAUGACCCAAAUAAAGCUUCAACUACAGAAAGUUGUUUCCAGAGCUCAAGUUCAGGAAGUAGUCGGAUGUCUAGCUAUAUCUACAUGUCAAUCUGACCAUCCUGGCCUAAAAACAACAUGUUUUUGCCCGCUGUCAUUGUUUUCUUUCUUGUUGGAGCAUUAAAAUUCCCCUUAACUGGAACGCAGGGACCGUGUCCAAUCAGAAAUAGCCCUGACCAAAAAUAUAAUGGGGGUCUCAAAACAUCUAAGGCAAUACAGUAUUGUAUUUUCUUUGUUUUUUGUUUUGAACCAUAUAGAUUUAAAAUGUAUAGAGCUAAAAUUCCUGUCCCCCUUAUUGCAUAUGCACUGAAGAUACACAGAAUAGAGAUCACUGAAUUAGCAUUAAUCAUAUCCUAAAUUAUUUUAUAUUAAUUAAUGCUGAAUAAAGAAAUUUAAUUACAUUUAAUUGUUUAUUUGCCUAGGGACAAGCAUGUAGUACAAACAAAUGCCACACACCACAACACUUAAUGCUAUAAGGCAUUCGGUCUAGACCUGCUCUAUUUGAAAAGUGUCCUGAGAUAACUUCUGUUAUGAAUUGGCGCUAUACAAAUAAAACUGAAUUGAAUUGAACAUUUAUAGGUUAAGCUAAUUUGCAAUGGCAAUCUGUAGAUAACAUAAUAUAUUGUAGCUGCCUGGUAAAUGUAAAGAAAUGCCUCAAAGAGAUGGUAUAACAUACAUUGGUUGUAGCAUAGCCACCACAAUGGUAAAAAGCUGAAGCCUGUACAGUGCCUUAAGAUGACUAACAGCCAAGGUGUUGUCUUUAAUUUUUUUUUAUAGGAUUCCAGAGCUGAAAUUCAUAUCCACAUCAUCUUUAAAUAAGAGUCAGUAUGUUAUUUCCAUUUGAGUUUGUGCUGCCAAAAGAGCCAUAGCUAUCAUUUAGGACACCAGAGUCAUGUCGUCUGCAUUUUUGUUUGUUUUUGGGGUUUAACAGUUAAAACUUAAACAUGUUGAGUAUUCUUUAGGCAGACUCUCGUAUUUCAAUGGAGAAUGCUUUAAAACAUUUAAAAGCUUUAAGUGCUGAGAUAGUUAUGUAAGAGAUAUCACCCGAGAAGAUGUAAUUGAUAACGUGGAGGCCAGAACCUUACGUUGAUUCUGAAUUACAGCCACUUUGAAGUGCAUUCCUUGCCAAGGAAAAAACACCAUUAUUUAAAAUUUCAUUUUGCAGUCAAAAUCUAAUGUUUUUUACAAGCCAUAAGUCAGUUUCCCUGGUAACACUGGUGGGUUUGACUAAUACCUGGAACCAUCAUUAUAAGGACUACACCAGUAAAUAGGAAGAACCUUAGAUGUGACUUGGCAACUGUAGAUAUUUCUGGUUCCCUUCACUCAUAAAACCCUUUGGCUCAGCUAUGAGCCAGAGUGCAACGUUACUCUACAAGCCAGAGAGCAUUAUGCUAGCAAGAAACAAAAGUUUGAAAGUCUCAUCAAAAAAACAUGGGUGAUAUCACAUAGACACCACAUCCAUAUUUUUAUAUUAUAUUUUUAUGCUAUUCAUGGCAACAAACAUCAUAUUCUGUACAGCUUUAUAUCUACGAUGAGCUCAUUUAUUUACCCUCAUAACAAUAUAUGGACAUCUACAUGGAUGUCAAUAUCUUGUAAGUUGUCUUCUGUUUCAGUCUUAUGUAUGGAACAUGAGACAGUAUUUCAGUUGUCUGUUUGUCUAUAAUCAACUGUCCACAUUUCCCCUCAGAAUAUGUAUGUUGACAUACUGUUAAAUGGUCAGCUCACUCCCAAAGGCCGCUAUUUCAGUAGUUUCAAUACAGAUUUUUGCCCCAUUUUUCAUUUUAUUUUGAAUUCAUCGUGUCAUCUACAGCCAGCCUGUCUCACUGCCAAUGUAAACUAUCAUCCCUCUGGAAGGAUAUGGGAACACAAACUGCAUCAAAAGAGUAAUGAUAAGGGGCAGUGGCACUCUACAAGUAUCAAUGCUGGUCUAUACUUGGUGUUACAAAAGGUAGGCAUGUAGAGGCUGUGUCAGCCUGUAAAGACUCUCUCUGGACAUACCAUCAGUCUGAGUGUGCAGUAACUCGGGUGCCAACUAGAUUUGUAAUCUCUAGGGCUUUAUGUAUUAUGAUUACUGAGGAUGAACAAGGAUUGUCAGGACAUUUCAGUGUGUAUAAUAAAGGGAGUGAAUAUGUAAUAAAAAUAUUUUUCUUUGUAA